AUGAGUUCUCAAUCAGCACUUGACAAUACUCUUACUUUCGUUCCUGUUGACUAUACUACCGUUGCUGGUCAGGCAAAAGCAGCGAGAGCCAGCAAGGCUGGUCCAUCAAAUGAUGAUUGGGAACGUCACCGGCCACUUAUCAGACGCCUAUAUGUGGAUGAGAAGAAGAAGCUCAAGGAAGUUGCUACUAUUAUGGCACAGCAAGGCCACAACGCAACUACCAAAAUGUACAAAGACCGUAUCACGAAGUGGAAACUCGACAAGAAGCACAAAGAAGCCGACAUGCUCGCCAUUCUUCGCAAGAAGGCUCAACGCGAGAGAAUUGGAAAAGAGACACGCAUCCGAGUUCGUGGCCAACUUUUGACAAUGCAGCAAGUCCAUGAUUACUUCAAGCGGAAGAAAAAUACGCGAGCACCAGCACUCUACGAUGCUCCAACACCAUCAGAUGUCUCCUGCCGAACACCUUCCCCAGCGCCUACCGGAUCUUUGAAGGGAAGAGAGAAUCAGAUGACCACACAGAUUCAAGCCAAUGUGAACAAUAACAGCGUUACCGAAAUUUUCGUGCCGCCAAACGCAAUGGAUGUCGCUACGGAUAUAGAUUGGGCGCAUACGGAAAACAUCCCUAUACAAGUUUCCGCGGAAGAUGAAGCCAUCAUGGAAUGGACGCUUCACAUUAUGCGUAGCAUUGCCUCCGAGUCAACCAUUCCCCCUUUCCCUUCAGCACCACAGGCUCUUCUUGUCUCCGAACGGAUCUUUCUCACCAUCAAGACAUACGUGGAUGGGUGUUUCGAGAAAGGGAUUUGGAUCACUGAUGUGAACGGAUUUCUUGUUUCGAGGUCGGAUGAGAUCCUUAAACCUGGUGACUUGUAUACGUAUUGUUCUGCAUCUCUGGAAUUAUUGGAAAAUGGUUCCGUCGUUGAGUUUCGCCGAAUGCUUUCCAAGGCGUUCGCAACUCUCGACGCCCUAACUCGAUUUGAGCAUCCUCGAACAUUAAAUAGCCUCCUGGAUGUAUUUUUUACCUUACGAAGAGCGGGACGAGCAGAAAUUGUCGAAUUGUUCCGCAAGUUUGUUUUCGAGCUAGUGAUUGAGCUGCAUGGGAAGCAACAUCCAUGGGUUCCCUUGUUCCGACUUAUCGGCAUGGUUGAAGAGGAAUUACUCGGCGAAACAAUCACUCAAUCUUGGACUUCUGUAAUUGGACUUUUUGAAAGGAUUCUUGGGCCAGAUCAUCCCUUCAGUAUAGAUGUUAAUUUCGAUUAUAUCAAUCGAACUUUGGAAGGAUUGCAGGGUAUGGCCGAAGCAGAGAAGCGUCUUCGAAGACUUCUCACUCGAGUGGAAGAAGUGGAGGAUGUUUCAGACCCGCGAACUGUUGCAAUCAUCAUUGAUCUUGGAUGGAAUCUGCUGCGUCAAAGACGUGACGCAGAAGCUGAAGAUUUAGGGAUGAAUGUGAUGGCUAGAAUUGAAGAACACCAUGUCUCUGGGGGGGCUCAUGCAUUGGAGCUCGUGGCUUCGAGUCAGUACUAUCAAGAGAAGAGCAGUCCCGCAGAGAGAAACCAACGAAACCUUAUACAGCUUAUUGCCGACGCAUGGGGAACGUCAGAUCCUUGGGCUAUUCAGAAUAUGAUGGUCCUCGAAAGGUGGCUCCGCGAAUGGGGAGAUCAUGAUAAAGCAGAAGCGUUGAAGAAACAAAUAACAGAGGCCAUAGGGCAAGAUGAGAUUGACGAACAAACUACGAAAUUCUGA